AUGGCAGAAACCUGCUUUUCUGGGCCCUGUGGUCCCAUGUCCUCAGCUGUCUCCGUCUGCUCCAGUGACGUGAGCUGUGACAGCAACGUCUGCCUGCCCGGUUCGUGCACAGGCUCCUCCUGGCAGCUGGACGACUGCCCCGAGAGCUGUUGUGAACCCAGCUGCUGUGGCCCCUCCUGCUGCCCAAACCCCUGCUGCACGCCAACCUCCUGCCUGACCCUGCUGUGCCGCCCAGUCUGCUGUGUGCCCGCCACCUGCCAGACAGCCUGUGAACCCAGCCCCUGCCAGUCUGUCUGCACCUCCUCCUGCUCACCAUCAGGUUGCCAGCAGUCCUGCUGCCAAGACCCUAGCUGCUCUGUCUCCCCCUGCUCAGUGCAGUCCUGCUACUGUGUCCCUCUGUGCUGCAAGCCCAGCUGCUGCAUCGCCCUGCCUGUGUGCUGCAAGCCCAGAUGCUGUGUGACCACAGCCUGUUGUCCAGCCUCCUCCUGCUGCCAGCCUAGCUGCUGCCACCCUGCCUCCUCUGUGUCCCUCAUCUGCAGGCCCGUGUGCAGCCCAGCUGCCUGCUGUGUGCCUCUCUCCUGCAGGCCCUCCUGCUGCACCACUACAUCCUCCUACUCUUGCUGCUGCGCCCCCUCCUGCUGUCCAACCUCCACCAGCUGCCGCCCUGCCUCCUCUGUCUCCCUCAUCUGCCGGCCCACCUGCUGCAAGGCCGCCUGCUGCACUGCCACCUGUGGCCAAAAAUCCUGCUGCUGA